ACAUCUAACAAUAUUAAGUCGCAUACACAUUCGCCCCCACUCACUUAUUAUCUAACCAUUUAUUGCCCUCUGCAAUUAUUUUCGAGUAUCCUAUAUAUUCCAUAUGAUCAUCCAUGUGAAAUUCGCCAAUAGAAAAAUUCAGAAAAUAAUACAGACUACAAAAAAAUACAAGAAAGCAUAAUAUAAACACAUGACAUGUGCUUGCUUAGACACUCCAUGCAAAUAGAGAUCCUUUAAUUCUUCCGCAAACUUCUCUUACACUAACAAAGCAUCACUUUUCAUAAAUAGAUGCACCUUUGUCUCUCUUUCAUAUCUGAAGAAGCUUCGUUGUCUUCGGAUCUCGCAUUUCCAUUUUCGUAGCUUAGUUCUGAUAAAACCUGACUCAAAACAUAUCCAAGAGAGGGAGUUUUGCUAGAUCACGUCAAACAUUUAAUGACAAUGUCAGAAAGAUCAGAAGACAACACAAACGUAGUCAGAUCUUUAAAUGUAAUCGUAAAGGAGAGCUCGCAGGUCAAUACAUCAUCAAGAAUCUAUUACUACGGCGGAGCUUCCGUGCCGUUUUUGUGGGAGACACGGCCAGGCACACCAAAACACCCUCGUUUCUCUGAAUCAUUUCAUCUUCCGCCGUUAACGCCGCCUCCGUCAUAUUUCUCCUCAUCCUUGUCCUCCGGGAACAAACUGAGCAAAGCUAGAACGAAACAAACUCGAUCAGUUAAGACCCUUUUCAACGCAAAGCAUCACGUGUCGUGUCCUUCGUUUUCUUGGUCGUCUACCACGUCGUCUUCUUCUUCCUCUAUGUCCUCGUCUCCUAGGUCUAAAACAGUGUAUCCUGCCAACAAAUGUUUUCUUUUUUGCUCGAGAUCGUACGUUAAAGAUGACGACGAGGAAGAGAUUGGUUCAUCGUCUCCGACGUCAACGUUGUAUUAUAAAAGAGGGUUUAGCUCAUCAAUGGGAAGUAUGAAGAGAGCUUUGAGUUCUGUUCUUAGCAACCGAUCUAGUCGUAAUGAUCUUAGAUUGAUUUAAUGGCAUGUUGUCUUAUUUCGUUUGUUGUUAUGAAACCUAGGAUCUUGGUUUUUAGCUUCACUGUUUUUAAUGUUUUGACUUUUGCCUCUUUGAACACACAUAUUAGUGUUUGAUCGUGUUCACUGCUAAUGAUCACAUGUUUUGAUCAUAUUGCUCGUUGUAACUUUAGUAAUUUCAUUGUUUGGAGUUUAUGAAAUUUAAAUGAAUAUUUUGUUACGCUAAAA